UUAUUGAGUAUCUUUUGUUUAUUUGAAUAUAAAAGUAAAUUAUUAUGAGAUUUACAUCAUAAGUUUUUAUACCGUCUAUUUUAUCUGUUAAUAAAAAGAGAAAAAUGGUUGAAAUGUCCUUAUACAGUGGUUUUUCAUUAAAACCUCGUCGCGGCCGUAAAUCGUUCCGUUUGUCAAUCGCACAAUUUACGCAAACGCAAUUAGAAUUGAACAAUGCACGUGUGGGCGGUGCGGAACGGCGUAUCAUUGCCGAAAGGCCGUACGGCACAGGUAAAACACCCGACAACAGAUCAACAUGGUAACAAAUCGUACGAAAGAACGGAACGGGCAUUCAACAAGUAGCUCGCACAAAAUCAAUGCGCUCGAGAAAGAGCCGAGUCGAACGAGAAUUCCGUUUCAUUCAUGGGAGGUGCGGGGUACACGCCGAACACGAACGCGUGUGUGUGUGUCGAUCUGCACGUCCGAAAACAAGGACGCAGGGGAGAUUCCGAGAGCCCACCACAUAAAACCUGUUACGUAAAAGAGAACCAGAACACCAGACGAGGACGGACCGAGGGGAGAUUCCACCGGUCGUAAAGUGAAAUUCCUAUGGUACAGGGGAGCCGUUCGAAGUGGAUCCGUCGAUGUGUUUUGUUGUUGUUCUCUACCGUGUGUAUGUGUGUGUGUGUGUGUGCAGUUCUAAAUUUGUAGGAUGACAAAGAGGUUUUCGAUAAUGAGGCGAUUAAUGGUUAAGUUCAAUGUUGGGGAGGCGCGCUAUCGUUGCUGCUAUCGGCCGGUCUACGUAAGCGCUUCUAAAACCGGGUCCCCGAGUCGGUGUUGCUGAUUCCGGUACCGUACGGUCAGCGAGUGGACGGACUGUCGUCGGCACGACCAGUGCUUCGUUGCACUUGAACCGAAGCGGUCGCUGGACGUCGUGUACACACCAACACACACACACACACACACCCGUUGACGGAGUGCGAAACGAACGGAACGGAACGGAGAUUCGGAUUCGAUCGCGAUUGAACCGUAGACUUUGGACCGUAUCGCGUGUUGGACGCGGGCAAAGCGAACGGAGUGGAUGUUUAGAAAGAGAAAGGCCGACGCACGAUCGUAAGGUGAAUCCGAGCGUAGACAGAGAGGGUCGGCUAAACAGGUUUGAAAGUUUUCGUGGAAAGAGGUAGGCGAGAGGGAGACGGGACCAGGGUGAUUCCGGUGGGCGAGACGAGGACGGCGCCAGGGCAAUUCCAGUGCGACAGAGUGAAACGCCACGGCGAGCCAACAAACGAGCGUCGACUUAGUCAUUGUACUUGUGGAACAGAGACGGAUAAGUGAAUCAAGUAAACAUGGCGCCGUGUCACCAACCAUAUCAUAUUUAGUGUGUGUGUGCUCUACACGCAGUAUCCAUACAAUUUAUCUAGAGAGCCAGCGUGGGAAAUCCUCACUGAUAAGUGUCGGUCCGACGCAUGACUCCGUUUAUCGUUAAUAAUCAACAACGCAACCAAGUGCCAACCCCCCCGACAUUCAAUCACCCUCGUACAAGUGUCCCUCGCGGUGAUCUGUGCAUCCGAUGAAUUAACGUGCCACCAAGUUCUAGCCACCGACCAGUGCCAAUCGGUCUGAAUGAUGUAAACAGUGCGUCUGGGGCGUACGUGGGCGAACACCUCGCUUCCUACAGAUACUGGAUAAUAUAACGAGAUGGGUAGUGGCGUCGACAGCUACCUGCACAAGAAAUUCAAGAAGCAACUGAGCAUCGAGCCGAGAGCGCCGCAAAACCAUGACAAGGAAAACAAGGUAUCGUACAAAGUGCUGGAACCGUGUGAAGAAAAAAGAACGCACGAGAAUGGCACUGCGACUGGCGAGUGUCACACCGCUGACUCGGGCCGUCACCGAACGGACAAUAACGAGAGCGUGCCAAAUGAUAGUACAAAUCAAAAUAGUAUUUAUUUGAUGAACAGUAGCUUAGGUAACAUGUCUAAAUCGUCUUCCAUAUCAACACGAGACCCGUGCAUAUCAUACCGAGUCCCGAACCAAGCUAACGAGGAACAGUGCGAGUCGCUCCCAGUUCCUGAACCGACCACAGUCAGGACGUCUUCCACUUACGAUAGAGUAUUCACCAAACCGGACGACAUAUCUGUAUCAGCAAACGAAACCUAUCAAAGCAAGGACGAAGACGUGAAGCAGGACGAGGUCCAACCGCCGCCUGAUAGAAAUUCCAGUGGCAAAUAUGUCUGUAACUAUUGCAACUUGGUGUGCUCCAAACCUAGCGUACUUCAAAAGCACAUUAGGGCGCACACGAACGAGAGGCCGUACCCGUGUCACAGCUGCGGGUUCAGCUUCAAGACGCGGUCGAAUCUAUACAAGCACUGCAGGUCGCGCACCCACGCCAACAGAGUUAUGGGCAACAAGGCCCAGGAGAACACUGAAGGCGAGUCGUCGAAGGUACACAACGUCGAUUCUGAAAGAAUGGAGGGCACGCAGGAUCUGAAAUCCAAGCCGUACAAGCCCAGAUUUCACAGCGGCAAGCAGUUCUUUGAUAACGUCGCCAAGGAGAACAUCGAGGACGACAAGCCGGAACCGGCGCAAUAUAGAGCCAACGACUUCGUAUCGUACCGGAUAAAUGAGUUGAUCAGCAAGAACAACUCGAUAAUGAACUCCGGCAAUCCCGGCAUGUUCAAGAAACGGGUGGUAAGUGAAGUGUCGGCGGACCAUACCAACAACAACGAACAUUCGCAACGGUACAGAGACUACGAAACGUAUGAACAAAGGAAUUCGGACGAACCUUUGAACUUAUCCAACAAAAACAGGAAACGAUCCAUGAGUGAAGUGGCUGAGCCCACGGCUCAGAAAAGUUUAAUCAAAGAACUAUUAUUAAAGAACGUGUACUCUAAUCACAACAUGCAAUGUCAGUAUUGCAAAAUGAUCUUUCAAACAGUCACGGAACUCGAAUUACACGAGUUCAGGAGUUGCAAGGGGAAACCUUCAGGGGCCAAAUACACUAGGAGUAGUUCCGUAAAUGUAGCAUCUAUUUUAACCCAAAACAAGAAUGCUUUCGAUACAAUACCUCAACUAGCUAACACCACUUUUCCACUCAACUCACCCGGACCGUUUCUCGGCAAGACCAGACUGGUGGAAAGUGACAAAAGCAAAUCGUUUUCUUUCGAUGAUGGGCUACGCACUCUGUCCGGUGAUCUCUCGAACAACUAUUUCCCAUUCGAGAAGAAGAUGCCGGUAAAAUUGUUCGGAGGCGAAGUCAAGAUUGCCCAUAAUUCAAAUGAAACGAAGAAAUUCAAAAUCGACAACAAGGAUGAGAGGUUCGGUUCGUCGGGGACAAGAAACUUUUCAGACUAUGACGGAAAGAUGAGCGAGAACAGGGUUAUAAAAUUCAGUUUGCAAUCCGGAGGUACCGUCUUAACCAACAAACCCAAGUCUGAGGUUAGGCCGAACCAGGAAAACUCCCGCAACCACCUAAACUAUGACAAUAUGUCGAUAACUCCAACUUUGGACUUGCGAAAUCUCACAAAGCCUAAUAUCACUUUCGAGAAACCGUUCGAUUCCAAACCAGUUUUGGAUGAGCCUACUAACCUGCGUAUUAACGAGUUGCAAACGGCGGAUUCACCGAAGCUGCAGAGUCCCAAUGUGUACCCGAACAUAAUGGACUUCAGCCAGAAGGCGGUGAAACUGUUAACGCCGAAUAUCAAGCAACCGAGUAUAAUAGUGACGGCGGGCGCCCCCAAAGCUAAGUUCUACAUCGAAGACAACGGAGAAGUGAAGGAGAGCAGGAAUUUUAAUGUGUCGGAGCCAGAAGUAGAUCUGACUACUCCUAGUAAUCUAACUGUGGACAGAUCGCCAUCCAUUAUUCGAAGAGUGCCAGUGCCUGAACCUCAAAUUUCGCCGAACAGUGCGUGCAACCCCAUGAAGCUGUUGGUUAACGGUAAAGUCAUACGAUACGUACCGGGCAUGCCCGGACCUGUUGUUGCCGAAGAACCCAUGGAUGUGUCAUACGGCGGAAGGAUAUUAGUCACUAAUCCUAGAAUGUCUCCAAAACCAUCGCCCAUAGCGAAAACAUUCCCAGAACCGAUGGACACUAGUGAAACGCCCAGCGAGAUGAGUCCCAUCCGCAGUACACUUUUUCAUAGGAUAAUGCGGGCUGACAAACAAGUUAAACCGGAGGGCAUGGAAACAUUGGAGAUUACGGUGGAUGUGACUCCUGAGAGGAGGUCCCCCAGCAAAGUAAGUGAAUUUAAAUCACCGGUGAAGUCCACCGAGCUAAAAUCUCCUCAUGGUCUUAGUGAAAACAAGAAGUUCGCCCGACCCAAUAGUCUGGCUCUAAAACCGACCGCCGCUUCGUUGAAACAACACCACGGACUGACGCCGACCAAUUUUAAUAAAAUUCUCAUCAGUCCGGACACACCAAGGAUAAACAAGAAGUACGCGCAUCACUUUUUGCAUGGCAACUACUUCAGUUACUUGGAUUUGAAGAGCUCGACAAAGCCCGUUUAUUGUACGCUGAACAAGACGCAACCGUUUUAUGUGCCACAUUUCAAGAAGCUAAGCAUGUAUUCUGAGUGGAGACAGUUGGACAUGAAGCAGGAUAAGUUGUAUGUCAGUGCGUAUGAUUCCAGUCAGAGAUCCCAUCGAUACUCCAUGGCGGGGAGCACUCCUGAUAUAAUGAUCACCACCAGCACCUACAAGUUUAUGGUGUCUGAGAUUCCAUCUGGCAAAAUUGAAAAAGAGGAACAAUCAAAAGUUAAUCACAUAUCUGGUGGUUAUGAAAGCAACGAAGACUACACUUACAUCAGGGGAAGAGGGAUGAAUUCAUCUGUUUUAGGUCGAGGUCGUUAUGUGUGCGAACAGUGUGGGAUUCGUUGCAAGAAACCCUCCAUGCUUAAGAAGCAUAUCAGGACUCAUUCAGUCGACAGACCGUACACGUGUAACCAUUGCAAUUUUAGUUUUAAGACGAAGGGCAACUUAACGAAACACAUGAAAAGCAAGGCUCACACCAAGAAUUAUUCUGCCAGUAGCAGUUCGAGUUCGUCUACACAUCAAAGUGGUACUCAAAGUUCUGACUCGGAUACUGAUGACAGUGGAAUGGACAGCAGUGACGAAUCAACGCGACAGCAGGAACAUGAAGCGGCAUAUGGUCUGCUGUCCUUAUCCCAAAAGACCACCCAGAACAUCACUCACGUUCAACAUGACUCGAUAGUCAACAGUAGCUCUAUAUCCAACCGCAGCGCUCCCAGUCCCAUGUCUUCUGUCGGCGUACCGGAGAACUACAUGAAUCACGAAGAGCCGACAUAUAUGCCUCAGAAAAACAAUACGGGAAUGGUCUAUCCAGAAUCGGACCCCUAUGAAAGCAUGGAAACGACGAACAUGUACCCCGAUCCGCCAAUGCAACCCCAACAACAGCAGGUCAAAUUGGAGAAGAACUUACUGGCUAAGAGUGUUGCAUCAGAGUACCUGAAGCUGGCGACCAAGAACGAAAAUAAUCCGGACGGAGGUAUAGAAGCGAAUAGUUUUGGACCAAUCAACAAAGAUGUCAACGAUCUGAUCGUUAAACCCGAGGGAAACAAGAACUGUACUAUUUGUUCCAAGAGUUUUAGCAAACCGUCGCAGCUAAAACUUCACAUGAAUAUUCACUACCUGGAGAGACCUUUCCGUUGCGAUUCGUGCUCGGUGAGCUUCAGAACAAAGGGUCAUCUACAAAAACAUGAAAGAAGUGCUAGUCAUCAUAACAAGUUAUCAUCUUCGCCGGCUUUGUCGUCAUCAGAACCUAGGCCGUUCAAGUGUUCUGAUUGCAAUAUCGCGUUCAGAAUUCACGGGCAUUUAGCCAAACAUUUACGAUCGAAGAUGCACAUCAUGAAACUGGAAUGUCUGGCGAAAAUACCGUUUGGGCUGUAUGCGGAGUUGGAGCGCUUCAACUGUCUGCUGACAGAAAUCAAUACCUGUGAUGGGGACCAAUGUCUAGAGAGUCUAAAGACUUUAGCGAAAAAAGUUUUCGUCAACGAUCCCAACAAGUUAAAUCAAAUAGAUACAACAGAGAAAAUGGAUGCCGAUACUUAGACAUAUUUAUUUAAUUAGUUAAUUUUAAAAUAGAAUAUAACGCUGUACGCAAGACUGAAUAACCUAUAACUAUUGAAAAAUGAAAGUAUACAUUUUACAAGAAAACUAUUUUACUGUUGGUACAUUCUACUUAUAGCUUAUUGUUUAGAAAAAUAUUCUAUUGUGUCAAAUAUAAAUAUUGUGAUAUAUAUUUUAAGUGUUGUAGAUAUAUACAUAAAAAAUAGUUUUUAUUUGUUUGACCUAUCUAAAUAUUAUAAUGUUAUUUUUUUAAAUAUUUAACUGCUAAAACUUAUAGAAGAAUAUGUCCUGGAGUUUUUGUUAAAUUUUCUUUUCCGAUUUUAAAGAAAAAAAUAUAUUUUUAUUGAUCUUGUUUAAGAUUUAUUUGAUAUUAUUUCUACCUGUUUUUAGGUACAAUGUAUGUAGAUUUAUAUUAUAUUUUUACUGGUAAGAAGUCCUAUCAAGUGUACCACCAUGUUAUGUUUAGAAAUUUAAAGAACUGUAAGAACUUAUUUUAGGUAAAUGCAUUAUGUUUCAUGUAAAUAUUGUUUAUAUUUAAAUAUUGGUAGUACUUGUAUUGUAAAUUGUUGAUUUCAUUUUGUUCCCAUUGUUGAAAUAGUACAAGAUCAUUGUUAAAAAUACAUUUUGUUUACACUUUA